CUGACCAACAUCCCCAAUCCCGAACCCCGAACCGCUCGCGCAGGAGCUCCCGAUGCCGGCGCUGUCUCCCACGAUGACCCAGGGCAACAUCGCGCGAUGGAAGGUCAAGGAGGGCGACGAGAUCCGCGCCGGCGACUCCGUCGCGGAGAUCGAGACGGACAAGGCGACCAUGGAGUUCGAAUCCCAGGAGGAUGGUUUCCUCGCGAAGAUCGUCGUGGGGGACGGGGCGCAGAACGUGCCGGUGGGCGCGAUCGUGGCGGUGAUGGUGGAGGACAAGGAGCACGUGAGCGCGUUCGCGGGCUACGUUCCCCCCGCCGCCGCGGCAGCCGGUUCGACCCCCGCGCCGCCCGCUCCGGCCGGGAAGGCGUCGUCCCCGUCGUCCCCAUCCUCGUUUGAAACCGGCGGGCGAAUGUGGCCGUCCGUUCGAAGGUUACUCGCGGAGUCCGGCAUCGACCCGAGCACCAUCACCCCGACGGGCCCGCGGGGUAUGCUGGUCAAGGGGGACGUCCUCGCAGCCAUGGGACUGUGCGCGGCGCCCGUACCUUCCCCGUCCGCGGCGGCGGCGGCGGCUGAGAAGCCUUCGACGACGAAAGCGAAUGCGUCGCCGCCCGCGCCGCCUUCUCCGGCGCCGACGCCCGAGGACGACUUCGAAAACUGGGAGGACCUGCCGGUCACCUCGAUCCGAAGGGUCAUCGCGUCCAGGCUGCUCGAGUCCAAGACGCGGACGCCGCACGAGUUCGUCACCGCCGAGGUUUCGUUGGCGUCGGUGGCCGGGCUCCGAGCCGCGCUCAAGGCAAAAGACGUGCGCGCCUCCGUGAACGACUGCGUCUUGUACGCGGCGGCCAGGGCCCUGCGUGCGUCGCCCAAGGUGAACGCCAAGUGGGACGACGCGUUGAGCGCCGGCGUGACGGACCCCGACGUGGACGUCGCCGUCGCCGUCGCCACCGACGGGGGGUUGAUCACCCCCAUCGUCAGGCGAGCGGAUACGAAGACGCUCUCGGAGAUUGGCGACGAGGUGAGGGAACUCGCGGGACGCGCGAGGAAGGGUGGACUGAAGCCGCACGAGUUCACCGGCGGUAGCUUCAGCGUCAGUAACCUGGGGAUGUUCCCGGUGGAUCAGUUCAGCGCGAUUCUGAACCCGCCGCAGGGCGCGAUAAUGGCGGUUGGCAGAGGGGUGGACAAGAUCAGAAUCGACGAGACCACCGGGGAGCUCUUCGACGAGCCCACCAUGUCGGUCACGGUGAGCGCGGACGCGAGGGUCGCGGACGCCGCUGACGUGGCGAGGUUCCUCGAAGCGUUCAGGGAGGUCAUCGAGCAACCCGCGGAGGCGUGGGCGACGGGCGCGUGACGAGUCGAAGAAAGUGAGCGUUAAGCGUUAGCGAUUUUUUUCAUAAUCGAAUGUACGAGCAGGUUGGUUUC